UCUGAUUCCACAAUACAAGCAUUAAGAAAGGUGUUUAGUCGAGAAGAGGUUCCUAUGGUGUUAGUGACUGAUAAUGGCUCUCAUUUUGCUGCAGAUGCAGUCACUACCUGGUUGAACGGUAUAGGGUGCAAACGUCUAUUUACUGCUCCUAGACAUCCGUGUUCUAUAGGCCAGGCAGAGAAUUUUGUCAAGACAUUAAAGACUGCUAUUGAUUCUAUAGCCGCCUCAACAUUUAAUGAGCUGGAGAGGGGAGUAGAUACCUUUUUAUUGCAAUACAGAAAUGCCAGACAUUCGGUGACGAAGGAGACUCCAGCAAAGCUACUGAAAGGAAGAAUUCUUCGGUCGAGUAUGAGAUGUUUGGAAUCUGCAGAAGUUACAUACUAUCGAGGAAAUGAUCUUCGACCAUCUACGGGUAUUGUUCUGAAGAAUGUCGGAAAAUCGAUGGUGCGAAUUCUAGACAUCGAUGACUUAAGUACACACAGUCGACAUGUAGAUCAAAUACAACUUCAGGAACCAGGUGAGUCAGUUCCAAUUUCGAUUGUUAAUUCUAAUGCUAAUGAGCAUAUUCUAGAUAAUACAGAAUCCUUAUCCAAUACAAUGUCAGACAGACUCAGGAUGAAUUUGAGAAGAAGACGUACGAUUGGUUACAAACACCUAGACUCCAGUUUAAGCUGUGGCGGAUGUGGUG